UCGCCAUCGCCCUCGCCAUUUCCCCCCCAAAUAAAACCGCGAAUCAACUGGAAAACAAAACCCUAAAAAAAAAAAAAAAAUUCUCUCAAGAAAUUUCAUAAAAAAACUCCACCAGGAUCCUCUCAUCUCAUCUUCGAUCAUGGGCUACGAGAACGAUCCGUUGAUGGACGAAGACGGCGAGCCCUUGAUGGACCCCGAUGAUGUUCAAUCUGAUCGAGAGGCGUCCCCUGAAGCUCGAUUUGACGACGAAGAUGAAGACGAUUGGCGAAGGUCUCGAUCUCCAACGCCGAUCUUGGACGAUGACAAGACCGGAAAACCUAGAAAGAGGUUGAUCAAGAAGUCAGGAAAGGACGCGACGCCGUCGCCGGUGAGGAGCGAGAGCCCCGGCAAUGGGUUGGACGAUUGGGAUGAAGACCAGCGGGAGGAGGAGGAGGCGAGCUCGUCGAAGAAGAGGAAAGGGUACGAUAUGUUGAAGACGGGGAUGGGGAAAGGCGAGAGCUUUGGGAUAAAGGAGAAGAAGAAGAAGAAGAAGGAGAAGGUGGAGAGAGGAGGUAAGGGGUGGGCACCAUCGUCGAGUUCGAAGGGCGGGAAGGAUCAGGGAGUUGACCCAGAGAUAGAGGAGCUGUGGGAUACAAUUGCUGGCGGCAACUCGGAGGAUGAUCAAGAGGGUCAGAGAACUCUGGAUGACGAUAACUUCAUUGAUGAUACCGGUGUAGAUCCUGCAGAUCGAUAUGGCAGUGACAUUGAAGGUUUUGUUGGAAAUGCUCCACAGGCAGAAGAAGGUGAGGAAGAUGAUGAAAUUAACAAACUCUUCAAGGGGCGAAAGAAGAAGAAAAAUGAGAAAACAGCUGAUCUUGGUAUGAUUGUUGAACAAUGCAUGGCUGAGCUUGAGGUCAUCGCUGAGGAAGAUGCCGAAUUGAAUAGACAAUCCAAGCCUGCCAUUAAUAAACUUAGGAAACUCCCAAUGCUCAUAGACGUCCUUUCCAAGAAAGCGCUGCAACAUGAGUUUUUAGAUCAUGGAGUACUGACUCUUCUAAAGAAUUGGCUCGAACCUCUUCCUGAUGGAAGUUUGCCUAAUAUGAAUAUUCGAACUGCCAUAUUAAACAUAUUGACUGAUUUUCCAAUUGAUUUAAACCAUGAAUAUACGGAGAGAACAGAAAGAAGAAGCGGUCUAGGAAAGGUGAUAAUGUUUUUGUCGAAAUCUGAUGAGGAGACCACAGCCAACAGAAAACUUGCCAAAGAAUUGGUUGAUAAAUGGAGUCGUCCCAUAUUUAACAAGAGCACUAGAUAUGAGGACAUGAGAAGCUAUGACGACGAAAGAAUUCCGUACAGAAGACCAACUGCUAAGAAGCCUUCAAACAAAUCUAAGGGGUUGGAAUCACGAGAUGAUGAUGUUGACGAGUUCUCACAGGGUAAAAAAUCCGGUCAAGCAGCUGCUAGGCAGCAUGCUUCUAGACCAGAAGCAACACCGUUGGAUUUUCUUGUCCGUCCUCAGUCGAAAAUAGAUCCAGAUGAAAUCAGAGCUCGAGCUAGACAACAAGUGCAAGACCAGCGCCGGUUAAAGAUGAAUAAGAAGUUGCAGCAACUGAAGGCACCAAAAAAGAAGCAACUUCAGGCAUCAAAACUCAGCGUCGAGGGACGUGGCAUGGUCAAAUACCUGUAAUCAGGAUCCUCAUCUGGUCAAGUACGAGUAAUCAGGAUCCUCAUUUAAGUGUCAUUUCUUUCUAUUUGAAUUACUCUGUUUGAUGACACCGCGAGAUUACAUUUCGACGAUGGUGCAAAAUCUUGCUGCUAGCUUCAGAGGAAAAAUGCUAAUGCUAGGAAACUAUGUUCUUGUGUUAAGUAUACUCAGUGAGCCUCAAGUGAAGUUUUAAAUUAUAUGUGGAUGAGUUUGGGAAAGUUACAGGAACUCUCAAGGCUUGGAUAUAAUAAAUGUAGCAAGCUUGUUAUUCAAUCUGUCACUAAAAUGAAGUCAAAACUUGUUUUCUGUCUCCUUUAUAAAUGUUUUGAAUUGUUCUUGGUUA